AUGCCAAUUUCUGCCUCCGAUUUAAAAAGUGAUAUUGAUGAGUUACAAGCUUUGCGAAAGCAGGCGAAACGAAGCAAUGUCCAGUUGUUUUUGGAUGAACAAUUGAAGAAAUGGUUGGCUAAUUUGGAUGAGUUAAAUCGUCGCGAUCUAAUAACCUCUGAUGUGCCUAAAACAAUUGGAGUUGCUGCUCGUCCUUACAAAAAAUUAACAACUUAUGGAUUUGAUGAAAGUGGCAAAUUUGUUAAAAUUUAUUAUUCAAUCCCUGGUAUUUCCUCUACACCAGUUACAGCAAUUAAAGAAAAAUUUAAUGAAAAUUCUUUUGACAUUUUCUGUACUGAUGUUAAUGGGACGGAUUAUGAAAUAAAUGUGCGUGGAUUGUCUAAAGCUGUUGAUCCAAACAAGUGUUAUUUUAAACAAAAAAGUGGGGAUCAAUUGCUUGUUAUGUUAAAGAAAGUUAGAGAGAAUGAAAAUUGGGGAUCUUUGCUUAAAAUUGACAAGAAGGAACAAAAAACUCCAAAAUUCGACAAAGACGAGGACCCUCAAGCUAGUUUAAUGAAUAUGAUGAAACAAAUGUAUGAUGAAGGGGAUGAUGAAAUGAAGCGUACAAUUCGUAAAAGUUGGUAUGAAGCACAAAAUAAAAAGGGGACAUCGGAAAUGGAUUUUUAA